AUUGAAUGCUGUCAUUCUUAGACUUCUUAUUGAAUAUUAUAUGAAUACUUAGUGUUAUAUAUUGUGGUUAAAACUGAAUAUUCCUUUUUUGUUGUUGUUUUUGCCUAAAUUGAGUUCUGGAUAAUCACAACUAAGAGCACAGGUUCAUGGUACUGGAAAGAAUCCAGAGACCUAACUAGAUAAAUGUGCGAAUUCAUUUAAAUUCAAAGGUUAUGCUAUUGUUUACGGUUAAUAUAAUUUACAAAUGCAGUGAGUUUUGAAGCAACUGUGCAUUUAUGCAGUCUACUCAAGACCAAAACAUAACAGCAGCUAGUAGAUGUUCAUAAAGAACACUUAAAAUCAAUUUAUAAAAUUAACUUACUUCACAUGCAUUGAAUCUUUAGGCUCAAAGCAACACAGGACUUUCAGUUGUAAAAAGCUAAAUACCUGUUAUGUUGCUCUCUUAAGUGAUUUCCAAAAUUGAUGUAAUUUAGUACUUUCCUUUACUUGCAAUAUAUAUUAAUGAUUAUUAGAAGAUGUAGAGACAUGAGUAAAACCAAAUAUUGUAACUUUUAUGUUAGAAAAACUGGUACUCUGUCACCUGUGUGAUGGUACUUGGAACAUACUGCAUUACAUCUAAAGUUUAAGUGCUCUGAAAAGAUCUGAUUUGUAACAAUUACUGACUUUUUUUUUUUGUAUUGCAAUUCUUUUUCUUGAUGCUUGUAUGUAUAAAAUGGAAUAGUGAAUAACUUUUCAGAACUGAGGAGUGGCUGAUUACUCUCUGUCCUGAAUUUGUUGUUAAUUUGAUUGCUGAGCGAAACUUUGAUCUACAACUGUAUUUUCUUCAAAUUUUUCUUUUAUGUUUGAAGAGUCAGAUAUUUGGUUUAGAAGUACAAGUUGGUCCAUGAGGGUAAAAUUUCUAUACUUGAGACACAAAAUUAAUUUUUAAGACUAGUAAUAUGAAUUUCUUUCCAGUUACAACCAACAUGUGAACUGAACCUUUGUACAUGAGAUAGAUCCCAAUGAUGGGAUGUAAUAAUAUUAAAUUAAAAGAAGAAUCGGUUCCAUAUUAAAUUUAUUUUUUCCCUCCAGUAAUAAUUCUGUGACAGAUUAUGUUGCUGAGUGUUGUGGUUUAAGCUUUUUUAUUUGGUUUGUGACCUGAAAGCUCGUUAUGUUGAUCUGUUUUUUUCUGCUGCUGAGAACUUCUCUGUAUGUUAUAGCUCUGAUAAGAUUACAAAAGUGGAUUUUUAUUGUUGUUUUUCUUUAUUGUGGCAUAUUGGAAAAAAAAUCCUGCAUAUUUCAUAGUGAUGGGAGCUAUUAUAUGGAAAUUGUAAUUGCUUUAAUUCAAGUUUAGGCAUAAAAACCGGUACGAAAUGGAGUUGAAGCUAACAAAAUCUGCUGCUUUGUAUUUGGAACAAGCAAAACAUCUAGGCAUCAGGACAAAAUGGCUGACUUAGAAGAAAGAGAACAACAGAGCAUACACGUGUAGUUGCUGAAACUGUUGAUUAGGUUAGGAUUUGUUGUUUCAAUGACACAGCAGUUGUUUCCAGGACCUAUGACAUUUCCAAACUCACAAUAGAGUGCUAUUCUUUAAUGUUUGUGUGCCAGAGGUUACAGAGAGAGUAGUAUGAUGGAGGAAUAGAGUGAGCAAAACCUGAAUACGGAGUAUAAAUACAUUAGUGGAAUAGACAUGUUACCACUAUGGUGGAAUAAUACCAGGAUGAAGCUGUCUUUAUUGAAGGAUACAUGAGAGAUCCUUCUGGAACUAGAUAGUAUUUUUAAAUGAAAACUUAAAUACACUGAUCUAUAUUGAUUAUUUUAACUGAAGACUUAAGUGGGCUUGUCUAUUUUGAUUCUUCUGUGGCGUUCAUCACCAUCAUAUCUGUGCAUCAGCCUGUACUUGGAUAAAUUUAUGUGAUUUAAAUCAGCCUACUAAAAGGUCUGCAUACUUGUACCCUUACAGUAAUCCAUGUAAUGUAGAAGUUAUUGAAAUGUACAACUAAAGUGGGAAGUGAGUCAGGCUGCAUGGCAGUAGUUAGCUCAGGCCUUGUAUCAUGAAAGGUUGUAAAAAGGGCACAUGUUGAAAAGAUCACACAAAUUCUGAUACUGAGCAACAUCCUGUUCCUCAUGAUUGUUAGACUAGGUAUAACCUUGUCUUCCAGUUAGACCAGUCUUAAACCAAAAGCUUUUGUUCUCAGUUUUAUGUUUCAUAGGAUGCAAUAAAAUUGGGCUCAUUCAUGUAUUGUGGUAUUUUCUAUUAUGAAAGUCUUCAUUUUCAAAAUGCAUAUGCCUGAAUUCUAAUGUGGUGCCAUUGAUUUAUAGAAAAAUGCAUAUCGUGACAGUUGGUUAUUUCAAUGGAUUAUAGAACUAUAUAUAGUGUAGUUACUGAUUUGUGAACAAGAUCAAAUAGGUCAUUUAAAAAAAAUGUAGCAGUCUUGGCAGGGUAGGUGUUUUGCGUACAGCUUGUAAUUCCCUUCUUCCUGUUCCCUCACAUGCCCUUUUGUAGAAGCACAUCAGGGACCUUUCUAUUUCCUUUGUGGAUGACUGCUAAUGCCUUGUUUUUACAGCUAUUUUUCCUAUCAUACUUCUGCAGGUAAUUUUUAAGAACCUAGGUUUGCAAAUAUAUUGUAACCUGGGGCUUUCUGAAUUACUUGGUGAUUUUCUACAGGCUGUUUGAUAAACAGUGUCUUCUAGUGUGCAGGCAAGUGUAAGAAAAAGUAAACAGUUUAUACAUAGAGAGCUAUCUAAAUAGUAUCUCUUCUCCAUAUGUUGUAGUACCCACGAGAGGCUCAUUAUAAUACCUGGACCUUUUGUGCACCAAAUACUUCGGUCCAGAUAAUGCUGUACUCCAUCUGCCUUAAUCUCUGAGCUGCACAAUAUGAAAUUCUUAAUGCUUUGACCUGCUAUAUGCUAGCAUUUUUGAGCUUGGAUUUUUCUUGUCCAUGUUGCCAUUUUAAACGACUUUUCAAGGUUGUUGCUUUGAAAUUUUUCACUUCUACUGAAUUAUUCUAUUUUACUGGGUUUUUUUCUCUAAACCAAGUGUGACUUAUGAAUGUUGAAAAGUGUAUGAAUCUCUAAGGGUUUUUUUCCUACUUUUUGAUUUUUUUUGGUUGGUUUUUUUGUUUUUGUUUUUUGUUUCUGUUCUAUCUUUAAAGUGUUGUGAUUGUUGAUCUUAUUCAGGGUGUCACUGACUGGGCAGAGAUCCAGACAUAUAGGUUGGGAAAUUUAUUUUUUUCAGCAAACAGUACUUUGCUUGCUUCACUGACAUGCAUUUAAAUCUACUGUCAACAUAAACCAGAUACUGCACUAUAUUUCAGAAUUUCACUCCAGAAACAUGAUGCUCUUAAAAUCUGCAGAUGUUUCAGAAAUUUCUAAGAGCAGAAUAUUAUUUCCAAGAGUAAUAGCUAUCUAAUGUUUUAUUUAUAUAUAAACAAAUACUCCAACCAGAAUUUUUUUUCUUUUAUUUUAAGGAUCUUUGUUGUCUCUACCCUUUACCACCCUAAAUUCUUUCCCGUGACUGCAGUAAAUGCUUAUAAUUACUUUUUUCCCUUCUUUUCUCCUACGACCACCAAAAUGUAAGGAAAGACAACACUGCAGAUUUUAAUCAAACAGUGUUUAUCAGUUGAAGAUUAUCCUUUCACAUGUAGAGUUACUGGUAGAAGAUAAUGCUGCAAACUGCCUUUCUGCUGCUUAAGUUCUAGCUCUUUCCCUGUGGCAGUGCAAGACAACUUGAAGCACCUCAUACUGAAAGAGUGAUGGGUAACCUUCCAUUUACUGGCAGCUGGAUGGUGAACUGUUGUGUCACUGGCAUGGCAACUUUGCAUGUGCACACGCUUAUCCAAUGAUUAUGGCACAGGCUCAGGGUUUGGGGAAGAGAUACAUUAAAGCCUUUUUAAAAGGUUUCUUUGUUGCCGUUCCUGUCACUGUGACUUUCCUGGAUAGAGUUGCCUGCGUGGCAAGAGUGGAAGGAGCAUCAAUGCAGCCUUCUUUGAAUCCUGGGGGAAGACAAGCAUCUGAUGUAGUGCUCUUAAACCACUGGAGCAUUCGAAAUUAUGACGUACAACGUGGGGACAUUGUGUCAUUGGUGUCUCCUAGAAAUCCUGAACAGAAGAUCAUUAAACGAGUGAUUGCACUUGAAGGAGACAUUAUCAAAACCAUUGGAUACAAAAAGAAGUAUGUGAAAGUCCCACAUGGUCAUAUUUGGGUGGAAGGGGAUCACCAUGGACACAGCUUUGACAGCAAUGCUUUUGGCCCCGUUUCUCUUGGACUUCUGCAUGCUCGAGCUACUCAUAUUCUCUGGCCUCCACAACGCUGGCAGAAGUUACAGCCAAUGCUACCUCCAGAGCGCAAACCGCUGCACAGAGAGCAGGAGUGAGCUAAAUGUUCUGACAGGACAACACUGACAUAAGUUUAACCAUGAAGAGUUGCAAUAGCUAUACCACCACCUCUAAGAGCUUUACCAAGUGUGCUUUGAUAUUAGGUAUCAUAUCAGCAAAUACAUGUGACAUAUUACAAUUCUACCUUAAGUGUAAAGUUCUUCAAGGGGGUUUUGUUUGUUUGUUCUGUUGUUUGGUGUAUUUUUAACAUCUCAAACAUUGUAUGUUAAUUUCGUUUGAAAUAACUGGUUGUAGAAGGAUUGAAUGUUCAUUUUUUUCUGAGAGCAGUAAAAAGCUUGACUUAUGCCUGUGCCUGUGCUUCUCUGGAUAAGAAACUAUUAAAACCUGCAAUAAAAUAUUUUGGUCUU